GCGGAGGUGGGGGCGGGGCACUGGCCUUGUGCUCUGGAACAGCUGCAGCCGGCGCUGGGCCCGUCUGGAAUGCGGGCGCAGGCUGCGCACCAGGACUUUUAUGGAAACUUGCUGCUGGAGGCGGCGGCGGCGACGGCAGCCAGAGGGCUUCCAGCGGCGGGAGCAGCAGCGGCCGCGGUCACAGCUCCCAGACCCCGACCCAGGCGGGGGCACAGGACGCACGCAGCGAGGACCUUGGCUUCCCCGCAGCUCCCGGCGGGUGGGACGCUGGAGGGUGAAGCACUUUGGAGCUGAAGUUGGAGUGAGUGACUGUCCUCACCUCCUCAGGGGUCUCUGGGCUACGUGCAUUUUGAAAACACCGUCUUCGUAAACGGCGAAACGCUCACAAACGAUACAGACAUAUACAAAGCUUCAUCAGCCCAAAACCACAUAGAGCAAACAUGAAUGAUAUUUCCCAAAAGGCUGAGAUUCUGCUUUCUUCAUCUAAACCUGUCCCCAAAUCCUAUGUGCCAAAGCUUGGCAAGGGUGAUGUAAAGGAUAAGUUUGAAGCCAUGCAGAGAGCCAGGGAAGAAAGAAAUCAAAGGAGAUCUAGAGAUGAAAAGCAAAGAAGAAAAGAACAAUAUAUUAGAGAGAGAGAAUGGAACAGGAGAAAGCAGGAGAUUAAAGAAAUGCUUGCUUCUGAUGAUGAGGAAGAGGUAUCUUCUAAAAUAGAAAAGGCUUAUGUCCCAAAGCUAACAGGGACUGUUAAAGGUAAAUUUGCUGAAAUGGAGAAACAAAGACAAGAGGAACAAAGGAAAAGAACGGAGGAGGAACGGAAACGCAGAAUUGAACAGGAUAUGUUAGAAAAAAGGAAAAUACAGCGUGAAUUAGCAAAAAGGGCUGAGCAGAUUGAGGACGUAAACAAUGCGGGAACUGAAUCAGCAUCAGAGGAAGGAGAUGAUUCACUACUUAUAACAGUGGUACCUGUCAAAUCAUAUAAAACAUCUGGAAAAAUAAAAAAGAAUUUUGAAGAUCUAGAGAAAGAACGAGAAGAGAAAGAAAGGAUGAAGUAUGAAGAAGAUAAAAGAAUAAGAUAUGAAGAACAGAGACGAUCUCUCAAGGAAGCAAAGUGUCUUUCAUUGGUCAUGGAUGAUGAACUGGAAAGUGGGGCAAAACAAGAAUCACUUUUUCCUGGAAAACUGAAGCUAACUUUUGAAGAAUUGGAGCGAAAAAGACAAGAAAACCAAAAGAAGCAAGCUGAAGAGGAAGCAAGACAACGUUUAGAAGAAGAAAGGCGUGCUUUUGAAGAAGCAAGGAGGCAAAUGGUAAAUGAAGAGGAGGAAAACCAAGACACAGAAAAAACUUUUAAAGGGUACCGCUCUGGUAAACUCAAACUCAGUUUUGAGGAAAUAGAAAGGCAAAGGAGAGAAGAUGAAAAAAGGAAAGCAGAAGAAGAAGCCAGAAGGAGAAUAGAGGAAGAAAAGAAGGCAUUUGCUGAAGCACGGAGGAGCAUGGCAGUAGAUGAUGACUCCUCAGAGAUGUAUAAAACAUUCUCUCAAGAAUCUCUUACACCUGGAAAACUGGAAAUUAAUUUUGAAGAAUUAUUAAAACAAAAAAUGGAAGAAGAAAGACGACGAACAGAGGAGGAACGGAAGCAAAAGCUAGAAAUGGAGAAACAAGAAUUUGAACAACUGAGACAAGAAAUGGGAGAGGAAGAGGAAGAAAAUGAAACCUUUGGAUUGAGCAGAGAGUAUGAGGAAUUAAUCAAAUUAAAAAGGAGUGGAUCUAUUCAAGCUAAAAACCUAAAAAGCAAGUUCGAAAAAAUUGGACAGUUGUCUGAAAAAGAAAUACAGAAAAAGAUAGAAGAACAACGAGCAAGGAGGAGAGCAAUUGACCUUGAAAUUAAAGAGAGAGAAGCAGAAAACUUCCAUGAGGAAGAAGAUGUUGAUGUAAAGCCUGCAAAAAAAAGUGAGGCUCCAUUUACUCAUAGAGUGAAUAUGAAAGCUAGAUUUGAACGAAUGGCUAAGGCAAGAGAAGAAGAAGAACAAAGAAGAAUCGAAGAACAAAAAUUACUACGGAUGCAGUUUGAACAAAAAGAAAUUGAUGCAGCACUACAAAAGAAAAGAGAAGAUGAGGAAGAAGAAGAAGGUAGCAUCAUGAAUGGCUCCACUACUGAAGAUGAAGAGCAAACCAGAUCAGGGGCUCCAUGGUUCAAAAGGCCUCUAAAAAACACAUCAGUUGUAGACAGUGAGCCCGUCAGAUUUACUGUUAAGGUAACAGGAGAACCCAGGCCAGAAAUUACAUGGUGGUUUGAAGGAGAAAUACUGCAGGAUGGAGAAGACUAUCAAUAUAUUGAAAGAGGAGAAACUUACUGCCUUUACCUACCAGAAACUUUCCCAGAAGAUGGAGGAGAAUAUAUGUGUAAAGCAGUCAAUAAUAAAGGCUCUGCAGCUAGUACCUGUAUUCUUACCAUUGAAACUGACGACUACUAGGCUCUCUUCUCCCCUUGGAACACUCUCUCCAACUUUCUUACUACAUCCAUCUUUUAUGUGGCGGGGCCAAAAAAGGAGACCAGAAGUGCCCACUAUGUUGACUUCUUAAUUUCUUUUAUAGUCUUCAAAACACAAACUCAGCUAAAGAAUUUCUUCUUUUCCAAAUGAGCUUCAAAUGAGCUUCACAUUUAUCAUCAUGGUAUGCAGUAGCUGUCAAUAAUGGAGCUGGGAAAUUUAUUCUUUCUCGAUCUAAAACACAGGUGUUAUUUCCUUUAAGCUUACAGAAAUUUUGAAAAAGGUGUACAUUAUUUUGCAUGAGCAAUGUGACUUAUGAGCUUUUACUUCUAAAAUCAUUCUUAAAGAGCUGAGACAAUUUGGAACCUGUCAAUUUGAGGACUUUUUAAAGCGCUGUACUACAGAAUUCUGAAGCAGAUACGAGGGGGAGGAGUCAUUCUUUUCAUGGAAGAGGAGGAGCACAGAGAAAAAAAAAUCAAAGUGGGGCUUUUAAGAAGCAAUUGUCAAACAAAAUCUCAUAGAAAUCACUGCCUAUACAGUGCUGAGUGUAUUUUUAAAAGUGUGUAUGUAUAAUGUAUAUUCAACUUAUAAGGCAAAUUUAUGUUGUGAUCCUGCCUGAACAGAUUAUAUUUUGAGAAAACUUUGUAUUAAUAGUUCAUGCAGGAGAAAACAUUUUCAACAUAAUUGAAAGUUUCAUGAUCUAAAAGGAUUAGAUUUAGGGAAAAGUAGCACAGCCUUCAACUUAAAACUGCAGUCUUUAAGUAGGUUUGUAAAUAAUUAGCAAUCAUGUUCUAUUACCAAGUUUUGUAAGAUUUUCUGGAAGAUGAUUUUAUUUUACAAUGUAAACCCAUAAUAAAGUUACUCGUGCAUUAAAG